ACAACUUGAGGUUACAACUGGGAAACAUUAGAGCUUCAUUUCAAAAGAGUUUUUACGAAGUUGAGAACGCGCACGUAAGUCCCUUUUAUGGUUAUUUGCGUGGUUCCGUAUCUCGAGCUGCUUUGAGACGUAUUGCUGAAGAGUUAUUGAGAGUUGAUUAUGUUGGAACUAACAGGCAAAUAUGUGGUUGUACUCUUAGAACAUCUUAUGGGUUACCUUGUGCUUGUGAGUUAGGAAGAUACAGAGUAGGUGGUAUACCGAUACCCAUUGAUGCUGUUCAUGUUCAUUGGAGGAAACUAACUAUGGAAGUUGAGUUAGAGAAAGGUGAAGAUGAUGGAUCAGAGGUGGAUAUGACAGCUGCAAUGGAUGAGUUGUGGAGACGAUUUAGGUCAUUAGAUGUUGUUGGGAAAAGGGCAUUAAGGAGUAGGGUAUGUGAACUAGCAUACCCAACAAUGACAACAUUGUGUCCACCACCUGAGAAAAUAAAAACCAAAGGAGGAGUGAAGAAGAAAGGGAAAAAACCAGCAGAUUAUGAUGUUUAUAGGGACCCUUCGUAUCAUGAGUAUGUUGAUAAGGCAUCUCAAUCUUCACAAAGGCAAUCUCAACCAUCACAGACUUCGAAGAAGAUCAAAUUAUCAAAGAAGCAACCACAAUUCAUUGUUCAAUUUCCUAAUCAUAUUAGGUCAUACAUUGAAGAUGUAGUUAAUGUUGAAUCAGAUGGUAAUUGUGGAUUUAGAGUCAUUGCAUCAUUGCAUGGAUAUGGUGAGGAUGGUUGGUCAAUGGUUCGCAGAGAGUUGGGGUUGGAAUUAAUAGACAAGGAUAGGUCAACUUUGUAUGACAAGUUAUUUUCUAAUCGGUUGUCAGCUGUGAGAGAAUCUUUGAUGAUAGAAUCGUUUGGUUCACAGCCACCUGAAAAAUGGAUGAGUCUACCAGAUAUGGGUUACUUGAUAGCCAAUCGUUAUAAUGUUGUACUUGUUUGUUUAGGCAAUCCGUGCAUCACUUUCUUUCCGAUGACAAGUUCACAUUCACCAAAUGUCUCUAUUUAUUGCAUUGGUUUUGUUAACCAGAAUCAUUGGGUUCAGGUUAACAUGAAAGAGGGGUUUCCAUUGCCACCGGUCACAUUAGAUUGGAAGAAAUUUCGUUCUCAUAUAGCAACUACUUGGAUGCUAGGAUUUGCAGGACGUAUGCAACAUUGGCAAUUACUUACACCUGUAUUAGCAUGAUUAUGUAAUCAAAACAUAAAUAUGUAAUCAAAACAUGAAAUCUAUAUUAUUAUGUCUAUUAUAUUCAAAGCUUAAUACAUAUAAUCAAUGUGAACGAGAAA